GAGUGAGAGUUACAGCAUCGUUGCCGUGGAGCAUUUUAUCAGUAGUUUUGCAAAAAAAAAAAAAAAAAACUUAUUGUGUUAAAAUAUUAAAAAAGAUGUUUGAGUUUAAAAAAAAAGAUUCUAAUUAAAAUUGCGUGCGUGUGCAUUGGUGCCGAGGCUAGGCUACGGCUCAGCCACAGCCACACUCUUCAUCCAGUGGCCCCAAGUCAGCCAGCUGCCCUCCCUCGUCAUCUUCAAGCCAUCAUGGGCACAACAUAAGCGCCUGCAGGCUUUCCACACAUCAUGGGUUGCUGCCUCUGUAAAAGUCACAAAGACGUCCACUAUCCUGUGACGGCGCUCCACGAGGGUCAUCCUGCACCCUCCGGCAAGGAUGAGCAGGCACCAUCAAACGACAGAGGGGCAGAUAAAAGCAACCACUACAGCAUUGGCGAGCUGGCCACGUCCUCUCUGUUAGGUCUGGUGGCCACGAUAAAGGAGCACAUCACCAAGCCCACGGCAAUGGCUCAGGGGCGAGUGGCUCACCUGAUCGAGUGGAAGGGCUGGGGAGGCGGCGGGGAGGCUGGACCAGGCGGCGGCGGCGGGGGCUGGAGCGGAGGCUGGUCACGAGGACGCGGAAGCUGGGGGCCCCAGGAAGAUGAACAAUUUUACUCCCAAAUGACAGAUGAGAUCAAGGAAGCGCGCUUUGCUGCUGGCGUAGCAGAACAAUUUGCCUUGGCCGAGGCGGCCAUGAGUGUUUGGCCCGUGAACGACUGCUUUGAGCAACUUUCGAGCAGCUUGCAAGGAGCACAGAGGAGCCACCUGUUGUCUUGUUUCCUGCUGGACGACGGCGGCGUCAGCGUGCCCCAGUACCUGCACAACCUCUGCGCUCAGGCGCAGGCCGACUGCCAGCUCAGCGACCUGGUCGCUCCCCAACCACCGCCAGUAGCCUCCAUUAGACAGCAGGAGAGGAAUUCUCCAAGCGAGGACAAACACAGUGCGGUCAGCGCAGAGGCGGCCGUCAGACACAUAGACAGCAGCUCGCUGUCCGAGGACGAUGUGUUUUAUAACUAAACACCAUCGCAUUACAACUGCAGCGGUGCCUUGCGAUACGAGAUCCUCACUUCACAACAAGCAGCAGUUUGGCAGAUGGUGAACAAUCCUUUAAAGGAAGAGGCUUCAAACUGUUAAAUGUCAUUCCCAGUCCAGGUUUACUGACAAACUAAACAUAGUACAUACACAUGUGUUGAAAAAAAAAUGUUGUAGCUUUGCCUUUGGAAAGUUCACUUAGCCUAAUGGUAAACAAUGCAAAAUGCCAUUUACAGGCUAAUGAAUCAGCGGCACAGUGUUUUACCCUUUAAGCUGUAGAUAUUUGACCACAGACGCUGUGGCAACACAAUGAAGACAGACAAUUUGAUACGCACAGGUAUAUAUUCUUUAUCCUCUUCAAAGAAUGAGUAAUACUGGUGCAUCAUGGUAAAUCUGAAUAGUGUCAAAAACUUUGGUAGUUCAUUUAAAAAAGUAAAGAUGCACUAUGCACAGUCAUUAAUAUGUAUAAUUCUGGUUAUAGCUUUGAGACUCCCCCGAAAAAAUAAUUGCUAGAAACUAGAAUAUUAUCCAACAAUCAAGAAACAGUAUUUUUUUUCCAUGUAGAAACUAGGCAGGAAUUUGCCCACGUAAAAUUAUUUUCCCCAAGUGUUGAAUCAAUCUGUAUAAUGUUUGAGUACUGAAAUAAAUGGACUUUUCUACCAAAC